CCCUAAACGAGCAAACGCGUCAAACUAAAACGCCGCAGAACUAUAAGCGAGGGGAACAAACCGGCGCCAACUCCGUCAGGUUGGCAGCGCCGCGUGUAUAGAUGGCGUUGUUUUGACGCUGUCAUCUUGAAAGUCGCCCAUUUUUCUGUCUGCUUUAUCCAAAGAGAAGCAGCCAAAGCACAGCGGCUUCACCGAAAACACUGGCCAGGCGUGCAGCAUGAGUGGUGGCGUGUCUGACGACUGAGAUUCGGCCCGAAUUCAAUUGAUUUGCGCGCCCUAGGAGCGGAUAGAGAAGCCAGCCGAGAAAAUGGGCCCGCGUUUCGCCGAGAAUUUCGGCCGAGCACACCGACAAUGAGGCAGGGCCGAGGUGCUCAGAGGAACAACAAGAAAUGUUGUAACAGACGCGUUGUGCCUGGUUUGAACCUGCCGUCAACCCUGGACGACCCGUCUGCGACGUGGAAGCAGGCGGGAGGCGGCGGAGGCCCCAACUCAGGACCGUCACCCUCCGAGCCUCCCCCUGGCUUUCCGCAGCAAGUUGGAAACAGUGGGCCGCCCCCAGGCCAGCCGCCUCCAAAUCAGCCGUUUGGACCCAGUCCAGGCGGAUUCCCCUCGGGCCCUUUCCCGCCCAACAACUCGGGGCCUGGCUUCAGUCCCGGUGGCAACUCAGGACCCUACUCAGCCGGACCGCCUCCGGGGGCCGGCACCCCCACAUGCCCUCCCCAGUACACCCCCUCGCCGGCACCUUCGGGCUCUUCGACGCCGGGGCCAGGCUCGGGCCCUGGUCAGUUUGGCGGCGGACCCCCUCCCGGCAGCUCAGGCUUUCCAGGUGGAGGACCACCUAAUGCAGGCGGUCCUUUGUACAACGGUCCAGGCUCGUUUCCCCCCAACGCCGGCUUUGUGGGCCGACCAGGCUCUUCAGGGCCUCCCUACGCGCCAGGCCCUCCUCAGGGUGGUCCCCACCCAGGCCACUUCCCCUCACCAGGACAGCCUUUCUCUGGUGGUCCCCCUUCCUUCGGCAUGCCGCCUGGCUCGCCGUUCGGACACCCUCCCGGGCACCCGAUGCCCCACGGGCCGCCUGUCCACGGCAUGAUGCCUGGCCAGAUGGGCCCUGGUGGGCCCAUGGACCGCAUGGACCAGGGGCCCCUGCCAGUUCCGAGGCGGCACACGCCGUACUUUGGACAGCCAGACUACCGAGUUUAUGAACUCAACAAGCGGUUGCAGCAAAGGACAGAAGUUUUGCAGGAAAGUGACAAUCUGUGGUGGGACGCUUUCGCCACCGAAUUCUUUGAGGACGACGCAACGCUCACCCUCACCUUCUGCCUAGAGGACGGACCCAAGCGAUACACCAUAGGCCGCACACUUAUACCAAGAUAUUUCCGUAGCAUAUUUGAUGGCGGGGUGACGGAAUUGUACUACAGCCUCCGGAACCCGAAAGAGAGUUUCCACAACACUAGCAUAACCUUAGAUUGUGACCAAUGCUCCAUGGUGACCCACCAUGGCAAACCCCUCUUUACAAAGGUGUGCACUGAGGGGCGUUUGAUAUUAGAAUUCACUUUUGACGACUUGAUGCGAAUUAAGUCAUGGCACUUAGCGGUCAGAACGCAUAGGGAACUGAUUCCUAGGUCUGUAGUUGCAAUGCAUGCGCAGCAAGAUCCAGGCAUGCUGGACCAGUUGAGUAAAAACAUCACCAGGCAGGGCAUCACCAAUGCAACACUCAACUACCUUCGGCUAUGUGUGAUUCUGGAGCCAAUGCAAGAGCUGAUGUCUCGGCACAAAGCAUACGCCCUCACGCCUAGAGACUGUUUGAAGACGACUCUGUUUCAAAAGUGGCAGCGCAUGGUCGCGCCGCCUGUCGUUCCCGCAGAAUCGCAAAGGCCUGCAAACAAAAGACGAAAACGCAAGGGUUCGACGUCUGGGGCCGGCGCCAACAGUGCUCCUCCGGCACCUAACAAGAAAAGAUCUCCAGGACCUAACUUCUCUUUAGCCUCUCAGGAUGUAAUGGUUGUGGGCGAGCCCUCCUUGAUGGGCGGCGAGUUUGGGGACGAGGACGAGCGACUGAUCACCCGACUCGAGAACACCCAGUACGACGCGGCCAACUCGUUAGACGAUAACAACUUCUCAGACUCGCCGCUGCCUGGUGGGCCAAAUAGUUGGGGUGGUGGCGGUCCUGGUGGGCCUGUACCUGGGGGCCCUGACUCGAGGGGUCAGCCGCCGGGGCCGGGAAACACGCCCUCAAGUCAAGAUUCGGAGAAGAAGUCGCCCGCAGUGAGCCAGUGAAGUGAACAAGCACCCACUUAAUGCAUUUUCCGCCUCGAGUGCGCGCGCGCACGCAGAAGUUGGCCUGACUGAGCGAGUCUGGCCGAAAUUUACCUCUGCCGCGCGGAACGAAAGGACGGACCUGUACUUAACAAAGGAAAGCUUGUUCGGCGCACUGAGGAGAAUGAGUUUGUUUUCAAGUUUAACUAAGCAAGGGACGCAGAGUGCACGUGUCAUAUCAAAACCACUCGGACACUUUUAACUAAGCAGUAAUAAUGAAAGCAAUUCUUGCCAUGAUUAAAAACACGUAACGUGACGGACAGUAUUUAAUUAAACGGUUAGUUAAUUUAGCAGCCAAGACUGUCGGUUGAUUGACUAUUGUGUGUGUGUGGAGACUACUUCAAACGGUGUACAGUUUUUAGUGAAGCAAGCAUAACUCUGUUGGAAACCAGCGUUUCAACAAAGCCACUUUGGUACUCCUCUAGGACUAAAGUUUACCUCCCUCACCUAUCGCAACGGCCCGUUCUCAAAAUUAUUCACUCUCGACUACGGUGGGCGCACUCGGAUCCUCAACUUGGGUAAAUUUUAUUCUCAUGGGAGCUUUGAUGAUCUCAUUUUAUCCCAGGCCAAAUUUUUAAACUCUACGAAUCAGGUGAUGUUUUGGAAGCAAUUGAGGAUCCCCGACUAUUUUUACUUUAAAACUAUGUAGUGGGCCUAAAUCUUUUAUCUCAUUUCCAAACUGGUAUUCCCCCCAAAAAGGAUCCAAUGAAAGCCAAGUCUUUAUCGCCAUUGCGAGUAAGAAUUGAUUUUUUGUAAGGAUGAUUCCUAUUUUUGUUUGUGAAGCAGAUUUUAAAUGAUGUUUAUUUUGAGAUGUUUUAUUGAGAGAAUUGUUUUAUUGUUUUUAACGAGAAGAAGUGCCGCUGGACAGGUGGUCGGUUGCCGUCUCUGUAGCUGUUCUAAAUUUUAGCCAUUUUUACUUGUUCGGUAGACUUGGCUUCUCCUGCCGCCGCAAAAAAGGCCUCCCAUUUUAUUACGGCGAGACAGUAUUUUCCGUUCGAUCGUUCGGUUGAGUCCACUUGACCCAAAGCAUCACAAAGUAGACCGAGGGAUGAAAAUCGCAAACCAACAACCAUUUAUACACAAAAGGUGAAAAAUCAAUCCUUUCUUUCCUCCUUUAAAUGUAAACGUAGGAUUUUCUUCUUCUGUGUUGUCGUAUUGUUAAAAUAAAAAUUAAACACACUAAACGGUUGAUUGGUUCUAAGUUUUUAAGAGAGAUAAUUGAAUUUUCAUUAUUCUUCCAUCAUGAGUGCGUUUCGAACGACAACAUCUGUGUACGUACAUCUCUAAUUUAUUGUUUCUGACAAAGUUGAAAAGAUAAUUAUGUAUUGUAUGAAUAUCUAUAUAAAACAAUGAUGCAUUUGUGUAUUAUAAAUUCAGUAUUAAGCAUUUCAAAGUACAAAUGAAAAUGGCACUUCGUGAACAUCAUCUUGUCUUGCUUUUCUGAACUAAGUAAUUUAUUUAGCCAAAAAAGUUUUAUAUGAGAAGUUAAAAAAUUAGUAGUGCUUUUGAGAAGGCAGCUAUGAUAGGUUAAAGACGCCUCAUGCAUGGAAGGACAACCAGAAAAUUGUAAAAAAAAACAUGAAAUUUUCAGCGACUACAUUAAGAUAUUAUACUGUAAACAUGAUUGAUAAAAAAUAAUAAUGUCAAAU